AUGUUUGCUAGCUGCCACCUGAAAGUCGGUGACGUCGAGACACAUGCCAUGAACUUCGAACUUCGGAUUGCCGAACACCGCAGCACUGAGUCACCGGACCCUCCAAAAUGGGAUCCAAACGGGCUAUAUCACUCUAUCAAGCCUCGCCUGUGGGGCCGUGGAUAUCCGCCAGAUUAUUGUACCUAG